AUGGGCAACCGCCUCUUCCUGGAGGUGCGCCUGGGCGCUCACGAGGCGCGCAGCCAGGCGGAGCCCGAGGAGAGCGGCGUCGUGCGCUGGGACUGGUCCGUGCAAUUGCCAAGCGAGGCCACGCUGGAGCUGCAGCUGAAGCGCGAAGGACUCCUCGGUCCGCACCUGGUGGGCGGCGGCAGCUUGCCUUUGCAGAGCCUGCCCCCCGUGCGCGAGAGCUGGGUGAGAAUGGAGGUGGCGCUGCGCGGAAAGGGCCAGGACGAGGUGGGCCGUUUGCACCUGAGCUUCCGCAAGCCUCCGGAGUCGGAGGCAGCCCCGGCGGGGGUCCGCGGCCUGACGAACCUCGCUGCCGGCGGAGGUGGUGGAGGCCCCAUGGGUCCGGCGCUGCCGCCCUUGCCCGGGGGCAGCCUGGUGAACCGCGCGGGCACGGGGAGCCUGGCGCCUGCGGCUUCGGCUUCUGCUGCUGCUUCGGCGGCGUCGGGGGGGUCCGGCCUGGUGAACUACGCCCGCAUGGCCACCUCGGACCUGGAGCCCCGGCCCGGCUUCGCGCGAGGUGCCAGCCAGGGGUUGGCCAACCUGGCGACGGUGCGGGAAGCCGGGAGCUCGAGCCUGCCCCGGGUGGAGGAGCUGCUUGCACAGGCCUCCCCCUUCGAGGCGAGCAGCGAGGAGCACAGGCAAAGGCUGGCGCAGGCGCUGGAGAUCGUGAGGCGCUGCUCUGACGCGGAGCUGUCGGCUUCAGCGGGGCGCCGUGCGCUGGAGGGCUGUGGUCAGCGCGUGGAGGCGCUCUUCGUGUCGGCCCUGAGCCAGCGCAGCGAGAAGGACGCCCAUGCGGCUCUCUGGCUGGCAGGGCGUCUUCCCUCCCCCGAGGAGGAGGAGGUGACGCUACAGAUGAAGCUUCGGCAGAAGUGGGAUGAGUACAGCAUGGAGGAGGCGCAGGCGCGGGCGCAGAGGCUGCUGCGGAAGGCGGCGGCAGGGGGAGCUGAGCUGGAGGACUUCAUGGACGCGCUGGACCUUGCGGAGUUCCAUGGGCAAAAGGCCCAGAAAGACCCGCGGCUACAGUCGCUCCUCUUGCAGCUGGAGACGCCGUUGGCACAGACGCUUCAGGAGUUGCUCUCGCAGGGGGAGGUGGACAAGGCGGAGUCCAUCUUCGCCACUUUGGGCGCCAACCGCACUGAGCUGCUCGGGCUACAGGACCAGCGGAGGCAGCUCUUGCGGUCCAAAGGCCUGCGACUGCUGAAGGUGGCACUGCUGCCGGAUCACGGACAGCUGGGCUUCCCGGAGCUGAAGCAGCGCCAGCUCCGGCACGCGGUGCUGCAGCUGCGAAGUGCCAGCGACGCGGACGACACUGGCACGACUGGUGCAGCGCUGGCAGUGCUUCUGCAGGAGUUGGGCCCCAAGUGCUUUCGCCACGGCGUGGACAGCGGCGCUUGGAUGCUGCGCACCGUGGUGGAGCUGCGGCUCGAGGAUCAGGGGCCUCAUCGUGCCAUGCGCGCCGGUGGCCGGAAAGCGACCGCCUUCGCCUAUGACCUGCAUCGCUCGGUUCCUGCAGAUCGGUGGUGCGUCACCUACUGGGACCUGGAUUUCCUGUGUCAAGAGGUCCUCUCCGCCCUUGGCCGUGGCGAGAUUCAGCCUGGGCCGGACGAUGAUGCAUCGGAGGCCUAUGGGCCCAGCAUUUACACGGUGACUGAGCAAUACAUCAAGCCAGUAACAAAGGAGGCGGGCAAGAUGAGCUGGGCAUUGAUGCGAAAUCCAGAUGGCUUGCAGUGCGACUUGUUCAUUAGCCAUGCUUGGCAGGAAGGCGUCUUUGAGUUUCUGACCAAAGUGAAGCACGGUUGGUGUGCUUACGAGGCUUAUCUUGCCCAAGAAGAGGGCAAGACCAUUUUGAUUGCACGUUCCUCCACCCUCCCUCAGGUCUUCAACGCCUUGCGCUGGAUGGCGUUGGCUUUCAUCUUAGGCUCUGCUGCUGGCAUUGGCGUGGCCGCUGAGAUCAGUUUCCUCCUCUUCGACUGCUUGGCAUGCUUCGCCGUGGCGAUGAGCCUCGUGAUCCACAACGAUGUAUUUCGGAGGGCCAUGCAUCUGCUGGGUGAGACGCUGUGCUGGAUCGUCCUGGCCUUCAUAGUGAUGAAUGAUUCUGUGAGUGUGUUCGGUGCGUAUGAGGCUGCGCAUGGGGUUCCUGGUCAGGCAUGCCACGUGCUGCACGGGUGCUAUUGGCUGAUGACAGCUGGGGCCUUUUGUGUCAUGGAGGUGGAUCGCGUCAAUGCAAGAGCAGCGGUGUCAGAAGCCGAGCAGUUGCGGCGCAAUUACCAAGGCUCCAUUCGCUAUGCAACGUGUUCCGAAGAAUCAGAUGCUGUGCGUAUUCGCCGAGAAAUUGGAUACAAGGUGCGUCGAGUGGACCAUGCAAUUCACGUCCUGUUGACCGCUGGCAUGUCUACCCCAGCACUGAGGGAUAUUGCUCGCUCGGUGGAUAUCGAACAUGCAGCAUUUGCAGAGAUGGCCGGGGCAGCGUUCUUGCUCGGACCUUUUGCACUGGAGUGUGUCGCCCUCACCUUGGUACACCUAUUCUAUUACAGAUGUGUGGGGGGUCAUGUGUUUCUCGUUGGUGUAUCUCUGCUGUCAAGGGUGGUGCUCUUCGUUUGGCUCUGUUGCAGCCACUGGGAUGAGCAGCGCUUCAUCCUAAAGGUCAUGAACAAGUUCCUAUUUCUUUCAAUGCUUCUCUGGCAGGUGGUGGUCAGCUUGUAUUGCUGUGGCUUGAGCGUGGCCACUUUGUAUUCUCUGUGGCUGCUCCUCACAGAUCUCUGUUUGGCCGCCAUGCUGUCGAUGGCUGUCCUGGGGGUGCGAGGCGUGGCAAGCCUUCCCGGCGGAUUGCGAGUCCUGCGGGUCAUUUUCAGCAGAGCCGAUGCCCUGAAGGCCUCUUGCCGUUGUUCUAGGGGUUGUUGA